AUGGCCACAAAACAGUGUCAGGCUCUGGUUACUGAAGUCCUGAGUACAGGAUUGCCAGAUAUCGUCAAGAAGACGAUUCAUGUGCCCCAACCGGCAUCCAAUCAGGCCUUAGUGAAAGUUUCACACGUCGCCCAGAACCCAACAGACAUCCAAGCCCUGGACAGAAACGCGUUCGGCGAAGGCGCAAUUCUUGGCUGUGAUUUCGUCGGCACCGUUGAGGAAACUGGCGAUCAGGCGCACAAACUCAACAGAGGAGAUCUGGUAGCCGGCUUCGUCUGGGGUGGCGAGGUCAGAGGUGUUGGGGGCUACAGCGAGUACACCGUGGCAGAUAACAACAUUAGCUUCCGUGUUCCCAAGAACAUUACCUUAGAAGAGGCAGUUACACUGCCCCUAGCGUCGAUGACGGCUUGGCUCGCCCUUUUCUCUAAAGGUUGCCUGGCCAUUCCUAGAGACAGCGGACAUGACACGCCAGUUCUGAUCUGGGGUGGAAGCUCAAUCGUCGGCCUCUACGCCAUUCAGAUCGCAGCUUUGCACGGCUUCAAGGUGAUUACUACUUGUAGUGCCAAUCACUUCGAUUUGGUGAAGCAUCUAGGUGCCCGUCAUGUAUUUGACUAUCACGACGAUGACGUUAUAGACUCGAUCAAGCAGUCAGCACCGGGUGUGGAGUAUGUCUUUGAUACAAUCGGAAAUGAGUCCUCAUCCGGUCUGGCCUCGCAAGCCAUCAACGAGAAGGGCGGCGGUCUAUGUACUGUAAGGCCUGGGAAGGCAAACACCAACGAAGUCCCUAAGCAGAUCAAGGUGACUGAUGUGCUUGUCUUCACUGCCUUCCUGAAAGAUCACCGUUAUGGGAAGUUCCAUUGGCCCGCAAAUGAGGAGGAUCACAAGCUCGGAACAGAGUUCUUCGAGAAGCUUCCCGGCUGGGUUGAAGAUAACAAGAUCAGGCCCGCCAGACCCAAGGUCAUUCCUGGUGGCCUAGAUGGCGUAACGAAAGGAUUCCAGGAGUACAGAGAAGGAAAGGUUUCGGCUACUAAGCUCGUUUAUAAGCUUUAA